AGAUAAUGCGAGAGAGACGGAGGAUCUUCAGAACCUGAAGAUAAUAGGAGCAAGUGCCGACCUCUGGUGUCUCUGCGAAGAUCACCCUGAGGAGCAACUGUCAAUCAUGCGAUCCACGCUGAAACUGGUAGCAAUUGCCCGACACGAGGUCGGUAUGCUCACUUACCUCAUCCUUCACUCCUCUCACUCGUACAAGGUGGUCAUCGAGCUCAAAGGAUUGUCAGACGUUGCUGCCGAGCCCAAUAUAGAGGCGCAGCACAUGUCUUCUGUCAUCGUACAGAACUUCGGACGCCUGGUCGGGACUCUGCGGGUGGCUGAAGUGGGCGCCAGGCUUGUGCCUGCCAUGGCGACCUUCCACGCGGGGGUCAUCAAGUACAAUGGUGACACCAUCCUGCGAGCAGACCGACAUCUCCUCCUGCGUCUCAUCGCUCUAAAGAUCAGAUUGCUCGACUACUUCGCCGUCGAGGGCAAGACUGCGGCUGAGGUCAUAGAAGCGACGCAGCAGGCGGCCGAGUCGAUCGGGCUGGAGCCAGCUCUUCUUGCAGCGCGAGACAGGGUGGAGAGGCGAGAGUCUGCUUUGAACACCCUGCAGUCGCUCUCUACGCUCCUGCGCCACGCCCAUGCGCAAGAUGAGAUUUUCAGGGCUGGAGAGGAGGCGUGGCAGAAGGAGGUCGUCCACGAGUACAAUGGCACUCGGAGUCGUCGGCUGGUGACGGUGGAGGACCGGGAGUCACAGCUUCGCCUGCUGUUUGAGGCCAGAGGCGGCCAGCUGCAGGACCUGCCUCUGCCCAACGGUAUCAAGGCUACCGACCCUGGGGCGAAGGAGGCCUGGUGUUUGUGGUUCCGGGGCCUCAAGACCAACGUCAGCGCAGAGCGUGCUGCCGCCGGCUCCCGGGCAAGCAAGGGAGAGGCCUACGUGGCAGCCCGUGCCCAGCGCGAGACCAACCCUGGACUGCUCCAGAGGGUCAAGGCCACUGCGCAGGGAGGCACGUUCCGGCACACACUCUCGGUCGACGCCGCUCGAGCGGCUCUCGAGAAGAAGGUCUUUGGGGCGAGGAAAGGGGUACACGACUACCACUGCAAGGUCUGCGGCAGCAGCGCCUUGAUAGACCUCAAUACCUCACAAUUUGCGCAUACGUGCGGCAGAAAAGAGGUUCUGAUCAAGAAGCACGACGACGAACGCUUCAUCAUGAAGCGUAUGCAGUCGUCUGCUGAUAUUGAGGUGGCUGCUGAACAAAGCGCCUUGUAGUCUGUGUUGGUAGUCGCGUGGGUAAGCCACCUGGCGGGAAGUGACGCGUAUAUCCAUCUACUGUAGUCUCAUACCCGGUCUGUACUAUGUUCCAACCAUUCAAUCUGAUGCACUGCUUUGGCCAGUAACUGUAACAGUCUGGACCUUCAGCGAACCGUUCGGAAAGAGACGCCCUCUCGUGUGCUAGAUACCUUCUGUGGUCGGCCUCUUACAUUUUUAGAGAAGCUUCGGGAGAAGGCUCUCUACUUCCAGAGAUACAUUAAAACA